AUGUUGUGCUUGUUGCUCCUGUUUCUCAUCCCGUGUGGAGCUCAAAUCUUCGAAAACAGCAAUACUGACCCAGCAGCACCUCGCCAGCGAGCACCUUUGGAUCUGGAGCGACAGAGCAUUCCACGGAAUCGUGCGCCUCCGAAACAAUCAAUCUCGCCGCGAAUACCCGACAUAGUG